UCAUUACGAUAUGACAUACUCUGAAACGGACUCAAGUGUGAAACGCACGUCUUUACUUCUAGACUGUGAUUAUCGGAAGACUGAAGGUUUAUUUAUUCAAUGUGAUAGAAGUAAGAACACAAACCAUCCAAAAUGUUGAUGACAUCGCUCCACGCGCUUACUCCGCGCAUGAGAUUCAACUAUUCGAAACCGAUUAUCGACAAUACAGUUUUCAAAUUGCAUUACAAGUUCACGGUGACUAUGCUCUUGGGGUUUGUGAUCCUGGUCUGCGCUAGAGAGUACUUCGGAGAGCAUAUCAAGUGCCUUUCGGAUCAGGGCGUCCCUCCCCAUGUCAUACAGACCUAUUGCUUCUUCAUGGCCACGUUUACUAUUGUUCGGCAUUACAACGAGAGUCUUCUAGAAGGUGGAUUUCUGCCGCACCCUGGUGUUGGACCAAUCAUGUCUACCGACGAAACGAUUCACCACACUUACUACCAGUGGGUGCCCUUCGUUCUCUUCAUACAAUCUGUUUGCUUUUAUAUGACACAUUAUAUCUGGAAGAGGAAAGAAGGAGGGAGGAUCAAGUCUUUAGUGGAAGGCCUCCAGUACGCUAGCUUGGCGUUACAAGACACGGAUAUGCAAGCUGGGACUAUGAAUAUACCCUCCAAGGCUACUCUUGAGAGCAGAGUGGAUCUCAUUAAGAAAGACAUCAUUUUGAGGCUUAGAAUAACAAGAACCUGGUCGAAUUGGCUGAUCUCCUUGGAGGUGGUGAACCUGCUGCACGUCAUGUUGCAAGUGUGGAUCGUGAAUAAGUUCCUGCAUGGUUCGUUCAUGGGGCUCGGACCACAUGUUCUGAACUUGAGUGAUUGGCAGAACAAAACUGACCCGUUGGAGAGAGUGUUCCCUAAGGUAACAAAAUGCAUCUUCCACAAAUACGGUCCCAGUGGAUCCAUCCAGCAACACGACGCGCUCUGCGUGAUGGCCCUGAACAUCAUCCAUGAGAAGAUCUACGUCAUCUUGUGGUUCUGGUUCCUGAUACUGUUCAUCCUCUCUCUGCUUGCUGUCAUCUGGAGAUUCAUAUCGUUCUUCAUGUUCCGCCGAUCUCUGAAGUUCAACGAAAUUGUCUUCCGUCACGUUUCCAAGAGCAAAUUCAACCCUUAUAACGUAAUCAAUGUGGUGAACGGUUGUGAGUUUGGAGACUGGUUGUUCUUGUACUACCUCGCGAAGAACAUGAAGUCAGCUACGUUCCACGAACUUUUCCGUGGUGUAGCUGAAGAAUUGGAGAAGCGAGAUAUGCCAUAUAAUGAUGACAACGUAGACAGGAACGAAGAGAAAGGCGCCGAGCCAGUUCUUCUUGGAAAGAUUGACUACGACGACGAAACUAUGCCGCUAAAAGACAAGAAGUCAUAGACUAAAAAACCAUAGAUAAUUUAGGUUUAUUUAAAUUUACUAGUCGUAUGUGGAAUAUUGUAUCCAGCCAGGAUGUGUAUAAUAUUAUGUUUCCUCAAGAUUAUUCGAUUUUAAAAUUUCCGAACCGUUCUAGGUGAUAUUAUUAAUGAAAUCGUUAACUGUAUUAUUAAAUGAUAAUUGGUGAUUAAUUAUUAAUUGAUUGUUAAUAGGUUCUGUGAAAAUGUAUGUUUUUAAAUUGUAUUGUUACCAGAAAUUAAUUUAAGUCAUAGUCAGCUCGUAAAAUAGAAUUACUAAAAAAUUAAUGCAUUAUGCGUGCAACGUGCCAAGAGUUUGUUUUGUGAUUAUGUCGGAAAUUUGUGGGUUAAUGUGUUACCAUAUUUUGUACACGUUGAUAAGCAGAGUAAACAAAGUCGAUGAACUAUGCAGACUGAUUUAUUUACAUCUACAAGUCAGGGGAUUUAAUACCUCACUAUUUGCUCAAUUACAGAUAAGUGAAAUUGAGACUUUCCAAAAAAAUUAUGAUGUAUCGAAUUUAUUAUAAGAUGUAUAAUUUUAUUUUAAGAGAAAAUUUGUAAAUAUUAAACAGAUCGACUGUAA